AUGGACCUCAGUGCUCAGGGUUCUGGGGUGAGCCCGACGCACCCCGGUCUGCGCGAGGCCCCCGAACCUGACCUCGAGGCAGUCUCGAGACCCAGCGCCAUUAUUUGUGCCUCAGAGUGCCCCAUCUGUUUCGAGCAGCUUGCCAGCGCUGGUGCCCACCAGAUAUGCUGCUUGCGUUGUGGCCAUAUCUUCGGGCGCUCGUGUCUGGAACGAUGGCUGCGUCAGCAACGGCGCGCAAGUGACCGUUGCUGUCCACAGUGCAAGCAGCGGGCACAGCUCUGCGAUAUCCGUCUCCUCUACGUACCAGGUACGCACAUGGAGCGUGACGCUCGACCAGGUGGAAAUCGCACCGGAGCUGCAGACGAGCGUCAGCUCAGUCACGUUCAGAGAGACCCUGCUACCGUUCAGCUUGUUACAAGAGAGGUGGAUGAAUGCGAAGAGCUUCGCAAUGCAUUGCGGGUGGAGCGUAAAAGGCGGGUCAGGAUGGAGCUAGAGCUCUGUCGUGUGAGGAAUGAAUUGCGCACGCUUCAAGCAUCAUCAGGACGCGAACAGCGAAAAUCAGAGCCAGAGCGAUUGUGCACUAGUGCCCAGAUACCAGGGGCAGCGGGUACGGCAGAACUGCCCCCUGCAAUGGUGAGUGUAGACCCCAGAGAGCGUGCUGCCGCCUCGUCAGAUUACUCGAUGCUCGAACGUUUGAAUAUUCGAUUCUGCGGCCAGACGCGUUGUCUGCUCGAUCGAGCUCGCAUUGCGUACAUUCAUGCCGAUCGCGCAAGCAUUUACGUAUCGACAGCGGUAUCGGACAUGAAGGGAGUCCACGAUGCGCAAACCUAUACGCUGAAAGAGAUUCCACUAGAGCUCAUGUCGUCUCCGGUGGUGCCCGCGUUGGAUCCGGACCUCCAUCGAGGCCCCAUUCGAGACGUCACUUCAAACGGACAGCUGCUCGCAUCUGCGUCGCUGGACGGUAAUGUGUCCCUCGUGGAUAUGCAAACGCGUCUGUUUGCCGCAAAGAUUUUCGUCGGAGAGCCGCUGUGGUCCGUUAAGUUCGCGAAUUCGUGGGAACACGGAAUUGCUGUCGGAUCGCAACGUGGUCUCCUGCGACUCUUUGAUCUGCGCAAAACGCUGGAGCCACUCGGUAUUUUCCGCUGCGCUGUCCCUUCUGGCGGUAUCCACUCGAUGCAUUUGGAUUCUGUGGGAGACUCCUGCAGCGAGCAACUUAACUUUUGCACGCUGCAAUCGUUACAUACGGUAGAGUUUUCGUGGAGCACGCUUUCCGGGAAUCAUGCUGUCGAGGCGUAUCGCUUCCCUGACUUGUUUUCAAGCCCGACACAGAUGUAUUGCAUGCGAGUCCACAGGCGCUUCAUGCUUCUUUCGGGACGCCGCGGCCUGGCCUCCGAUGGAGAGCACGUGCUCGUGGACGUUGACCAUCCCAGUGGACAACCGCUCGUCGUACACAGAGCGAGUGGCUUCCAGCCCGGUCCUCAGCUCUGCAGCACGGAUUUCGCGAUGUUGCCGAACCGACAGGCACCCGAGGACGAUCCUGUGCCUCUGCUCCUGUCCGGUGACGCGAAAUCGCCUGGAGCGCUCCGCUGUUGGGCGCCAGGAGUUAUUUCAGAAUCCUUUUGCCUGAACCUCGGCGUUGCGUGUGAGCGCGGUUCAGAACAGCGGUUCGUACCGAACGUGGUUGCGGAUGAGAGGCUGGGCGUUUUCGCGGCUGUGGCUCCAGAGUCCCUAUCCGUCUUCAGUUGGACGAGACAAAAGUCUUAA